UGGCUACAGGGGAUAGGGGAUAGAAAGGAACAACGGUUGAUGUAAAGAGUGAAUAGAAAACAUGAAUUAUAGGAACAAAUAAUAAAAGGAAAGAAUAUGCAGAGCGCGUACACAUCCGGUUCCUGGAUACCAGCUCAAGCUUCUGUAAAACUCCGAAACUCGAAGGCAAAGCUAACAACUGAAACCUGUUAUUAUCAUUGCUUUGACAAUACAGGCGGCGGCGGCGGCGAUAAUUCAAGAUUUGCAUUACCAAUACCAAGAAUAAUAAUAAAGGCAGCAGCAGCAGGAGGUCAUGUAAAAUCAAUAACAAGCACUUCAAACCCUUUUGUUAAGCACUGUCUCAAGCUCCAACAAAACUCCUCUUAUCGUCACUCUCAUGCUUCAGCUCUUGUUGUGGGUUCUACCCCUAUCAGGGAGAUACACAGAUCUCAAGAGUCCUUGCAAGAAAGGACCGUUGAAUUGGAAUAUUUACUUCUUCUUGAUGAAGCAGAGGUCUCCCAAGUCCUCGACGACAAGUCCUCUGCUCGUGUUGUGCGUGUGAGCUCUGUCGUGAUGAAAAAGCUUUCACAGUUGCAGUCUACUGAAUCUGUUGAUGCUAUUGCUCUCAUGAAAUUUCCUACCACCUAUUUUGUUGUAGACAAUCAUCAAGAUUAUAGCCGGAAAUGGUUCCCAUCUCCGCACCGAAUUUUAGUCCUCGAGGGGAUCCAGGAUCCAGGUAACCUUGGUACAUUACUCAGAUCAGCUUUGGCAUUGGGAUGGGGUGGUGUGUUCUUACUUCCUGGUUGUUGUGAUCCAUUCAAUAGUAAAGUCCUCCGAGCUAGCCGAGGAGCGUCCUUUCAGAUCCCCAUAGUUUCUGGCAGCUGGUAUCAUCUUGAAGCUCUCAAAGAUGAAUACCAGAUGAAGAUGCUAGCUGGCCAUCCAGACUGUAAUGACAAAUCGAGACCCGUGUCACAGCUAUCUCAAGGGCUUGCAGAUUGUUUUGCCAGGGUUCCAUUGUGCUUGGUUUUGGGUAGCGAGGGGCAUGGCCUUUCAGAAAAAGCUCAACGUGAAUGUGAGCUUUUGAGUAUACCAAUGACAGGAGAGUUUGACUCUCUCAAUGUCGCAGUUGCUGGAGGCAUUUUCUUAUACAUGUUACAGCCGAAAAGCCACAAAACUGUUUAAUGGUUUUUAUUUGUGAUUUUGUAUGAGGUCAAAACUUCACUAGUUACAUAGUUAUUAGAUGAACAAAUUAUUGUUGAGUAGUUGAGGUUUUAUUGAAAUUAGACUUUAAGCUUGAGCUUCUAAAGCGCAAUAAUUUUAUAUUAUCGUGAUGAUGUA